UUGAAGUGUCGUACUCGUACACAGAUGUCAUUGUUCGUGAAAGCUUAAGCGAACAACUAUGCUGUUGUUACUUUUGCUGUAACUUUGUUUUGAUACAAGUUGCUCAAAACUACUUUCAAUUUAAAAAACAACAUCUAGGUUGUUGAGGUGGUGACCGUCUAACAUAUUUGAAAACCUGCAGCUUGACAAAAUUUUCACUCCAGUGCUUUUGCUUUUAUUUUUACUUAUUUUGAUUUGUCUACAUUAGCAAAAUGUCUUACAUGCUACAGCAUCUUGUAAAUGGAUGGCAGGUGGAUCAAGCAAUUCUUUCAGAAGAGGAUCGCUUAGUGGUUAUUCGUUUUGGUCAUGAUUGGGAUCCAACUUGCAUGAAAAUGGAUGAGGUGCUCUAUCAAAUAGCGGAGAAAGUAAAAAACUUUGCAGUUAUAUAUUUAGUGGAUAUCACCCAAGUUCCGGAUUUUAACAAAAUGUAUGAGCUCUAUGAUCCUUGCACAAAUAUGUUUUUCUUCCGCAACAAACAUAUCAUGAUUGAUUUAGGCACUGGUAACAACAAUAAAAUCAACUGGGCUAUAGAAGACAAACAAGAGAUGAUAGACAUUGUAGAGACAGUAUACCGUGGAGCCAGAAAAGGUCGAGGUUUGGUAGUGUCACCUAAAGAUUAUUCAACGAAAUACCGUUAUUAAUCAGUGUGUCUUGGCCAAAGUUCAAUAAAAUGCUAUUCACUUCCA